AAAAUUAAUUCCCUUUUGAUCAACUCUUGUCUUCUCUUCCUCUGCCAACCUAGUACCUACCUAUGGUAUGGAGAAUAGUGAAAGGGAAAUAGGGUGGCCAUUAGGACUAGGGAGUAUGUACAUGAGGCUUAGAUUGAUGGAAAACUUGGGAAAUACAAAUAUAAAUACAAAUACAAAUACAAAUACAAGAUCAGCUUUGUAUUUGGCCUCAAGCAGUUUCUCUUCCUUUACCUCUUCCAAUCUGGACACUGAGCCUGAGUCAACAGUAUCAUUCUUCCAAGACCACAAUAGCAAGUCGUUAGGCCGUCUAAUUGGAAUUAGACCUCGUAAUACAACCACAUUAGUGGUCCAACGUUCAGAAACACCACAAGUAAUGUCUACUGCUGCUGCUACAACUUCAGAUGAUCCAGACGAUGCUUUGGAUAUGGAAAUAUGUCAUGGAAUUUGCAUUCCUCUUUGUGAUCUUGUUUCCAAGGUCACCUCGGCCCCGAAUAAACAUACUUCGAGACCGGUUAACUAAUUCCAAUCUCCAGAUUUAUGUAUACUUCUCAGGACCAUAGUUUUAAGACCAAACUAAACCCUUUUUUAGUUUAAGAUUGUAUUUGUAUCUAAAUUGUGUGAACAAAACCGUAUAUCGUCAUUAUAUAUUUUUGUUAUCUUUUUUGUUUACUUAUAACUAGUGCAA